CUCGACAUUACAGCGUCCUGCCGAGUUCUCGGACUAAUAGAAGCUGGAGAUGGGAGCGUAUUAAAACCUAGCGCGAGCCAGAACGCCGUUAGCUAGCUCGCUAGCCAUGACUUCCAGGAGGACCGGCUACGCCGCUAGCAUGGAGUCUUCUUCUUCUUCUUCGUCUCCUGCAAACAGCUCGGUCCACGGCGGGAACCGGAAGCAGAGUAUCAUCAACACCCCCGACCGGCCCGGGGGGGACAGCAGGGGCGGCGUGACCGUGACGUCCCUGAAGGCCCGGCUGGCCCCGACCAUCCACACGGCCGUGUCCGCCGCGGUGGACACGCUCCUCGGGGAGGUGGUGCUGGUGCUCAACGAGACCCGGCAGGAGCUGCUCCGCAAGGAGCAGGAGAACGAGCGGCUCAAGCUGCGCCUGGAGGUGUCGGAGCGCGAGCUGAAGACUCUCCAGGAGUGCCUGUGCAGCGCCCAGAAGCUCAUCGACCAGCUCCAGGUCUCCUACACCGGGCCGCCGUUCAACCAGUCGGCCUUCGCCCCGUUGCUGUCCUCCAUGGCGUCGAUGACCGCCGACUUGGAGCGGGACCACCGGAACGGGCGCUGCGACGCGAACGGCGGCGUCGGCGGCGGCGUGGACUUGGGUCUCGGCGGCUCCGUGGACGACUCGCUCCACGGGUUCGAGCCCAGAGACGAAUACAAAAUGUGCCAGCUGUCGAUCCAGCCCGACGGCUCCGUGACGAACCACGCGCUGGACGCCUUCGCCUCCGACAUGUGCGCCGAUUCCAGCCGAGCGGGCGGAGGGUCCGGGUUUGAGAUCAAAGAGGAGCAGGGCCCCGCCUCCGGCUCCGGUCCGCCCGGCAACGGGAAGGAGCCCCACGGGGACGGCGACCGCGGCUACGUUCAAGUUGGAGGCGAGGGGGCGUCCGGGGGCUCCUUCGCCCUCCCGCUACGUCACCAGAGACCCGUGAGAGAAUGCAGCGGCGCCCCGCAGCCGGGCGGACUCGACGGGCGGAAGCAGUUAACCGGAAUCUCUUCCGCCGGCGGCGCGGAGGACUCCUCCGCGGGCCCGGCGGCGCUCUCGGCGCCGGGCGAGCCGUCUCCGGACCGGCCCCACCACUGCCUGGAGUGCGGCAAGACCUUCCGCCUGAUCUCCAGCCUGAAGAAGCACAUCCGCAUCCACACCGGCGAGAAGCCGUACCCGUGCGCCGUCUGCGGCCGGCGCUUCCGCGAGUCGGGCGCCCUGAAGACCCACCUGCGCAUCCACACGGGCGAGAAGCCGUACUCCUGCUCCGAGUGCGGCAACUGCUUCCGCCACCUGGACGGCCUGCGCAAGCACCGGCGCACGCACACCGGGGAGAAACCCUACGUGUGCGCCGUCUGCGGGAAGCGCCUGAGCCGCCUGCAGCACCUGAAGCACCACCAGCUGAUCCACACCGGCGAGCGGCCGUGCUGCUGCCCCUUCUGCAACCGCAGCUUCAAGGAGCCGGCGGCGCUGCGCAAGCACAUCUGCACGCACCGGGAGGAAGGCGGCCACCUGGGCGUGGCGGCGGCGCCGGUGGCGGCGGGCGGCGCCGGCGGCGGAGACGACACGGACCCGGACGCCCUGGACGACAUCAACAACCUCCACCCGGCGGCGCCGUCCCCUCAGAUGAGGUUCGGGGAGUGGGGGGCGGAGGAGGACGACGGCUCGGCGGUGGACUGCGUGUAGGAGAGGGUUUAAGGAUGAAGGACUUGGAAUACGGCGAGUCGGAUGGAGACGAUCAUCGCUGCCAUGGUUACGUGAAUACUCGGGCGACGUGUUGCCGUGGAGAUUUUGUUUUUGUAUCUGGCAUUUUUAACGCUUUUCACUCUUAAAUAUAGACCGUGAGUAUUGUCAGGCAUUACAAGCGGGAGAAUACGGAUUGUUCUCGGCACACAGAGCUCCUGUUCCCGGCAAUAGUUUGGGAAUUGAAUUGCAGAAAACUUUAUAUAUAUGUAUAUAUUAUAUUAUAUAUAUAUUAUAAUUUAUAUUAUAUAAUAUAUAUAUAUUAUAAUAUUUAUAUAUAUUAUUUAUCUAUAUAUAUUAUAAUAUAUAUAUAUAUUAAUUCCAAUAUGGCCUGAAGGUAGCUUGAAAAUAGCAGGAAACCCAUUUUGUUAAACUAAUAACACCAUUUUUUAUUUAAGUAUUGUGCUGACCAUCACGUCUAGUUUUUAAAAUUGAUAAAUCGAUAGUUGAGUUGUGGUAUUUCUGAUACUAUGUUUUUAAAGUCAAAUAGAGGGUCAUGUGGUAACGGUCGUGUGGCGUUUACCAAAAUACACUAAAUGUACACGAUGAGAUAUUUGUUAAUAAUCAGUAACGUAAAUAUCAUUCCUAAAGCGGGUGAGAGCCGACCGGCUCUCUCUCCAUCCCCCCCCUCAAUUUAUUACCCCGUCUCUCUCACACACUUCACUCCUCCUUUCCUCUCUUUGAUUUUCAUCCCUCUCUUUUACGGACCAUUUCUUUUUGCAUUCCGCUUUUCCUCAAGCUGCAGACGGUCCUCCAGACCCGUGUUCCCACGCAGACGGUCCUCCAGACCCGUGUUCUCACGCAGACGGCCCUCCAGACCCGUGUUCUAGCGGACGGGUUCUUGUGGUGCCUGCGUGUGUAUUUCUGUUUCCUGUACAUAAGAACGUAGUUGUAGCCGUUUUUCCCGGAGCGAUGAGAGUUUUUACGUUUGUGGAGAAGUUUAAAAGUUUAAUGUUCAACGACGACUUAAAAGAAAAAGUAACAUGUGAUGAAACCGUCAGAGACAUGAAACGUAGUUAUUUAUAUAUAUAUUUACUCUCAUUGAACUUCUUCCUGACAUUCUCCUGAUGCGACGCUUCGGGGUUAACAGAAACAUAUAUAUAUAUAUAUAUUUAUGCAUAUGUAUGUAUAUAUAUAUGUGUGUAUUUGUAUAUAUUUGUGUGUAUAUAUAUGUAUGUAUAUUUGUAUACUAUAACGCUCCUCGUGUAACUCUCUGUACAUUUGUGUCGUUUUAAAGCUCUGAACAUGUUACUGUUUCUACUGUUAACCAGAAUAUGAUCCAUACUAAUCAUAUUUAUUGUUAUUGAGGGGGGGGGGGGCAUGGGCUCUUAAACCCAGAGGCCUCUCAGUGUCUCUCUCUCGGGGGGGGGGGGCUUUGCAUGUCUGUUUAAACCAAAAUUGCAUUCUUCCAAAAAACAGUCAGUGUUAAAAAAUGUGAAAUGAAAAUGUUUUUUUAUUUUUGUUGUUAAUCAUGUCUUCAUUCCUCCACUCCGCUGCCGGCUGUUCAUGUUACUAUUAAAGGGCCGUGUUUACACUC